UACUCCUUCUGCACUUCAGAGCGCUUUGAAAUAUUCACGUGGAUUCUUUAAGGUUGGGGGAGGAGGGCUUUUUUUUCUCUCCCCUCUGCAGGUUGAGUGUGUUGUUGUUGUUUUUUUUUAAUUUAUUUUUAUUUUUUAAACAUCAGAGAUAACUCAGCCGCCCUGCUCUGUGUUGCGCUUCCAUAUGUCGCGAAAGCAGGUCGACCAUGACUACACCCUGCGGAGUAUGAGCAACCUGAUGGGCGAUCGCUGGAAGAAAGUCAGCGACGGAGGCGAGCGCAGCCUCAUCAAAGCUGCGUCCAGCGGCAGCAUCAGCAACCAGGGCGCCACCGCCGGAACCUCCGCCGCGGGCGCGUCAGCCCCCGCCGCCGCCGCCGCCGCUACCGCCUCUUCCUCCACCAACACCAGGGACUUGGAGCGGGCUGCCCGCAAGCAGUUCCAGCAGGAUGUCACCCCAGCUUUCGUCUACGUCCUGGCCGCGUUCUCCGCGCUGGGCGGCUUUCUGUUCGGAUAUGACACCGGGGUGAUCUCCGGGGCGAUGCUCCUGCUCAAGAGGGAGCUGGACCUGAGCGCCCUGUGGCAGGAGGUGCUUAUAUCGAGCACCGUGGCGGCGGCAGCCCUGUCUGCCCUGCUGGGGGGGUUCCUGAACGGGCUCUUCGGGCGCAGGGUGUGCAUCCUGCUGGCCAGCUUCUUCUUCACAGUUGGGGGGAUUGUGCUGAGCACCGCUCCCGGGAAGGAGGCGCUCCUGGCGGGGAGGCUGAUCGUUGGAGUGGGCUUAGGUAUUGCCUCCAUGACGGUGCCCGUGUACAUUGCCGAAGCCUCUCCACCCCACCUCAGAGGUCAGCUAGUGACCGUUAAUACCCUCUUCAUCACCGGUGGACAGUUCACGGCCAGCCUCAUCGAUGGCGCCUUCAGCUACAUGCAGCGGGAUGGCUGGAGGUACAUGCUGGGACUGUCUGUGGUUCCUGGUGUGCUCCAGUUCGUUGGGUUCCUCUUCCUGCCGGAGAGCCCUCGUUGGCUAAUCCAGUGUGGGCUGACCCAGAAGGCCCGCCGGGUGCUCAGCCAGAUCCGAGGCAAUCAGAACAUAGACGAGGAAUACGACAGCAUCAAGAACAGCAUCGAGGAAGAGGAGAAGGACAGCGGAGGAGAUGGCCCUGUGAUCUGGCGGAUGCUGACCUACCCCCCGACUCGUCGAGCUCUAGUGGUGGGAUGCGGCCUUCAGAUGUUCCAGCAACUUUCGGGCAUCAACACGGUCAUGUAUUACAGCGCCACCAUCUUGCAGAUGUCGGGAGUGCGUGACGACAGACUGGCGAUCUGGCUGGCGGGGCUCACCACCCUCACCAACUUCCUGUUUACCCUCCUGGGAGUGUGGCUUGUGGAGAGGGUAGGGCGCAGGAAGCUCACUUUGGGCAGUAUUCUCGGUACAUGUUUGAGUUUGAGCCUACUGGCCGUAGGUUUUCUGAUGUCUGCUCAGCACAGUCCUCCUGUUACUGUCCACCCACUGGACCCUGCGAUGGCUAACUCCACCUGCUCCAAGUACCAGAUGUGCGAGCCUUGCAUGCUGGACCCUCGCUGUGGCUUCUGUUACCGUGAGAACGGCUCGACGCUCCUCGCCUCCUCCUGUGUGCCGGUCGAUAAGGCCUCCACCGAGCACGCGGCAUUGGGCAGAUGUUCAAACUCUACCCUCAUGAGAGAUCAGACCUACUGGGCCUAUAACUACUGUCCCACCUCCUAUUCCUGGCUGGUGUUGUUGGGUCUGGUGCUCUACCUGGCUGCUUUUGCUCCAGGUAUGGGCCCAAUGCCGUGGACCAUUAACUCAGAGAUCUAUCCCCUGUGGGCGAGGAGCACCGGCAACGCCUGUGCUGCUGGAGUCAACUGGACCUUCAACAUCUUGGUGUCUCUCACCUUCCUCCACUUGGCUCAGUACCUCACUUACUACGGAGCUUUCUUCCUGUACUCCAGCAUGGCGCUGCUGGGUUUCGUCUUCAUCUACGGCUGCCUGCCGGAGACCAAAGCCCGCCGCCUGGAGGAGAUCGAGGCGCUGUUUGAGAACCAGCUCUGCUCCUGCGGCGCCUCCGACUCGGACGAGGCGCGGCAGGUCGAGUACAUCCGCGUCAAAGGCUCGAAUUACCACCUGUCUGACAACGACGCGUCGGACGUGGACUAGGAAGACCUGGCGUGUUGACCCCACUCUGGAUCUUUCAGUGACCUCCGAAACAUGCAGAGUGAUCUGGGUCUGUGAUAGUCAUCUCGUUUUGUGAUCGGUGCCACCGGCCGGUCGCCCUCACCGUGAGGUUAAGAAGGACCUUGAUCGGGAAGCGAGACUGUACCCCCCCCCCCACACACACUGAAUGCAAAAAUAUUCUGGCACAGCUUUGUUCCUAUAAAAACAAAACAAAACAAAAAAAAAAAGGUACGGUACAUGUGUUGUUUGGAAAGCAGAUUUGUGCACCCACAUCACGUUUAGCUGACCUGACAGCUGUCGUCGUGACUCGUAGUAUCUCCGUUGUGCCGUUACGCCUUUCAGUGUGAGACACCUUUCGGAUCGAUGUUGUUUCGGCUUGUAGCAUAACGCAGUGAUGUUAGCGCCCCCUACGUGGCAGUCUCCCGUUCGUCGACGGUCUUUAACCUUUUUACGAAACCCAACCGACAGACUGGCGCAAGUGCUACACCUGAGCAAACUUGUGUUGCUAGUGCUUGACAGCACUAACGAAACAAAAAAAAAAAAAAACUCUGCGGGGGGCACUGAAAGGAUUACAGGUUAGGGUUGCGGGGGUUUUUUGUUUCUGAAAUACGUCUGUGGCCUUCACGGUUGUUUUGCGUUCAGGUUUUUGAGUUUCUCGCCUCGGAAAAAAAUCAAACCUGCCGUUUUUUAGCACAGCGCAAAGGGUUUAACCUUAAAACCAAAAUAUGUGCAAACAAAUCCAACAACAUGAGUCUAAAAAAAAAAAAAAAAAAAA